AUGAAAAAUCUCACAUCCAUAUAUGAAAAAUUGAAAAAUCAAAAAGUUUUAAACAUGACUAAUCCUAGUACCAGGAAGUUGACUCUCGUUGCAAAAAUAUUUGCUAAUGGUGAUUAUAAAACUGUUGUAAGCUUCAGCAAAGAAAGGAAAAAGCGGAUUGAAAAAGCAGUUUCAACAUAUAAAAAGUUUGAAGAGACAAUUCAGGAUUAUUUUAAAUAUAUCAUCAUCAUCAUCAGAGUAGGGAGUGCACUAACCAGUGCACUAAAGCGAUUAAGAAUAUAG